UCUGAAGUUGACGUGCUAAGUGUUCGACUCCCGUCGCAAUCUACGCUACGAAUACACGAUGCCCAGAGAAAUCAAGGAAAUCAAGGACUUCCUCUUGAAGGCCCGGAGGAAAGAUGCCAAAUCGGUCAAAAUAAAGAAAAAUGCCGAUAACGUAAAGUUCAAAGUUAGGUGCUCAAGGUUUUUGUAUACACUUGUAAUCACAGACAAGGAAAAGGCAGAGAAACUGAAGCAGUCCUUACCACCAGGUCUUCAAGUUAAAGAAGUUAAGAGGAGUGAGCGUACGAAUAAGUAAAUGAAUAAAAUAUUUAUAUUGUGAAUAA